UCAUUGAAACUCUCUCUCUCUCUCUCUCUCUCUCUUUCUCUUUCUCUCCCUCCCCUUUCUCUCUCUCUAUAUCUUCUCGGUUGAACAAAAAGACUUAUCUCUUUGCCAAUUUCACCAGAUCGCUUGAAAGAUCUUUGUGUAUAAUCUGAUUGAUCUCCAAUUUGGAAAUCAGCCGGAGCAUGAUAUAACAAUGGAUCAAAGGAAUUUAGUGUGCACUAACCAGACAAGUGAUUUGGAAAGGAAUCAUCAACAUAAUCAACAACAACAACAACAACCACCGCCCCAUCUCUUACCAGACCCGUCAUUUCUUUCUAGAAGCAUGCCAAACAUUCCAAUGUCGCAGCCAAUCAUUCACACGGUAUUACCCGCCGGUUCUAGUUCAACCAAUUACAAUCUCCACCACCACCCAUCUAUUGAAAGCGGGUUCUUCUAUGGAAUGAUGCCUUAUCAUCACGAUGUUCAUCAUCACCAUCCGGCUGGAAAUCUCAACUUAGGUGCGGCUGCUAUAGGUUCAAGUUAUUAUCCGUUCAUGGCCGCCUCUAGGCCAUUCCAAAUCCACCAAAACCUUGGAUCUCCUGACCAGUUGCCUUCUUCCAGCAAUCAUGCUGCGAUCGGAGUUCCAAUGGAUGACUAUGGUAGGAUCAAUCACUUUGUAGAUGGUCCUAUUGGCCCCUUUAAGAGAAAAGGUGCAGAAGGUGGGAUUGUUUCUUCUAAUAUUCAAUACUUUGGUUCCAUGGCUGCCGGUUCUAGUUCAGCUGCAGUUGCCCCUGUCCCUCUUGAAGCUGCGGUUGCCCCUGUUCCUACUAAUGCUCUGUCCUUUCCUGAUUAUAGUAGGGUGAAUAGGAAUGUGUCUGGUGGUAUUGAACUUGAUUUGGCAAUGGCUCGUAACAAUAAUAACCAUUUGAUGACUCAACCGAAUUAUAUUAGUCAGAAUACUAACCCCCCUCCCAUGUUGGAACAACUACAGUUCGGUCGAACCUCCAUUGAUGGAGGUCCCUUGACAUGGAAUCAGGCACCCGGGAUGAACUACUUCCCUGGAAGCAAUGGUGGAUUUCUAUUGCCAGGAUGUCAAGAUGUAGCUCCCAAUAGGACUUUUUUCCAUCUAUCUCCUCCUCCUCCAUUGCCCAAUGUUCAUCAUCCUCCACCAUUACCAUUGAUGGGAGUUAGAAGCCAUACUAUCAAUUUCCAUUCUCAACUUCCUGCAGUUCCCUCACUUAGACCCACAAAUAGCCCUCCAGCAGCAGCCUUCACUCUGAAUCCACUCCAAACUGGCAAUAUUGAGCCAGGACCUCGAUUUCUGGGACCUGCUGUUCCACCCUCCGGGUUCAGAAUAUAUCGGCCCCUCAGAAGGGCACUCGUUCCUGAAACCAAUCCAAGAUAUCGCAAUCUUCCUAAUUUGAGAGUCCUGCCAGCUGAUGAAGUUGCUAUGCUGGAGAUUUCGGGAUAUUAUGAAGUGGGGAGUUCAGUAGAUCAACAUAGUGAUAUGCGGCUGGACAUAGACCACAUGACAUACGAGGAGCUUCUUGCUUUGGGAGAACAGAUUGGCCAUGUGGGCACCGGUUUGUCUGAAGAAACUAUAACCAGGCAUCUAAAAACCAGGACACCUCCAAAACUGAUUUCCAAAGCCUGCCCAAAUCAAGAAGCGGCGUCAGUAGCUGAAAUUGCAACAGAUUUCUGUGUCGUAUGUCAGAAUGAUUAUAAGAAGCAAGAGAAGAUUGGAGGGCUUGAAUGUGGACAUGAGUACCAUGUGGAAUGUAUAAAGAAAUGGCUUCUGGUUAAGAACACUUGCCCUAUCUGCAAGGCCCCUGCAUUGACCAUACACAGAGAGGAGGAGGAAGAGGAAGAGGAAAGAGAAGGCUGAGAGCCUCUAUUCCAACGACGAUGACGAUGCUGCUGCUGCUGAGGCUGUGAUCAUUGGCGUCGUCUUUAUCUUAUAACUAUUUUUCUAGUCUGUUUAUUUUGAACAGGGUAAGAAGAGUUUGUAUGUACAUUCUCUGUUUAUAUACAUUUUCUUGGCAGGGCUUUUGUUUGUGAUGAAAUCAUCAUCAGCGCUGUCUAAAAGCACAUUUAUUUCUUGGCGUAAUCGCCGCUCCUAAAACUUGUACAGACAUUUUUCUUUCUUUUGAAUUCUCUUUUUUUCUUUUCUUUCUAUUCUCAAACAUGUAUUUAGUACUGUUUUUAUACUCUGUAUAUGUGAACAUAUAUAAUCCUGUCUGCUUUGGAUGAAAAUGUCUUUGUCUCUGUCUCUGUCUUUUAGACC